GUAAGUCAUACAAUUAAUAAUUCAGAAAAACCAAUGUUGCAAGAGCAAAAUAUUAACAUACAUGAUAAAUUUAAAAAAGACUCCUGCCAAAUGUGAAAUAGUGCAAUAGUCAUUCAUUUCUUUAGUCUGGAGGACAGAAUAGCCAUUUAUUUCUCUUUGUCGUGAUAUUAAUACAAUCUUACGAAUUCUUUGGAGGGGACACAAGCAUAUAAAACUAUAUACACAUAGAAUCUAAAAUUGUUCAGUUAAAUUUUAUGAAGCCUCUACUAUAGUCGCGAAAAGUGACAGCUAUAUAAGGUGUAAACUUAAAAGGCCAGAUAUAUCGAACGACCAGGCACAUUUCCUGUUAUUACACAUCAUUCAACAUAUUUAAAGGCCAAUUAUUAUUCAAAUAUGCUAAACAAGAUUCCGAGUCUCUUCCACGUUCUCAGUAUCGGCACUAUAAUCAACUCGUUACAUGGACACCCAUACUACAACAGUCUUCAUGGCAAUAGUAAUAACGGAUGGACGAUACAAAAAUUACUAAGCUCAACUAUUGACUUCUUGAAGCAGAAUCGACAGUAUGUAGAACAAGAAUUACCGGAUAUGACACCCCAGUUUGGAGACAGAUACGAUUUUAUAGUGAUCGGCGCUGGUACGGCUGGUGCAACUCUAGCCGCAAGACUAAGUGAGAUACCUCAAAACAAAGUGCUGCUGAUUGAAGCUGGUUUCCAUGAAAACCUCUUUAUGGACAUCCCACUGUUCGCUCCUCUUCUCCAGACGAAUAACAACGUCAAUUGGCGCUAUCGGACCAAGUCAUCCGACAAGUACUGUCGUGGCAUGAAAGAUAAUAGUUGCCAUUGGCCGAGUGGAAAAGUAGUCGGUGGCAAUAGUGUGCUAAAUUUUAUGAUAGCAACUAGAGGAGGCGCCGAAGAUUACGAUCGCUGGGCCGAGAUGGGAAACGAAGGCUGGGCAUAUCAGGACGUUCUCAAGUAUUUCAAAAAGCUGGAAACAAUGGAUAUUCCAGAGCUAAAAUCGGAUAUUGACUAUCAUGGUACCAAUGGACCAGUACAUAUCGCAUACCCGCCAUUUCGUACUCCGUUAGCAGAGGCCUUUCUAGAAGCUGGCAAGGAGCUAGGAUAUCCACUAGUAGAUUACAACGGAAAAAACGAAAUAGGAUUCUCAUAUCUGCAAAGCACAAUCAUGAAUGGCGUUCGCAUGAGUAGCAAUAGAGCGUACUUACAUCCCGUGCACGAUCGUAACAAUCUCCAUAUAACUCUUCAGAGCACGGUGACAAAAGUGCUGAUCGAUCGUAUCACAAAUCAAGCAAUCGGCGUAGAGUUCGUCAAGAAUAAGCAAACAAUACGUGUGUUCACGAAUAAAGAAGUAAUUUUAUGUGCGGGAACCAUUGGAUCAUCAAAGUUAUUGAUGCUCUCCGGCAUCGGACCAGCGAAACAUCUUGUAGAACUGGGCAUAAACGUCGUCCAAGAUGCGCCAGUCGGCGAAAACCUUAUGGACCACUUAAUCUUCUACGGAAUAACAUACGUAACAAACGCAGCGGUCGGUUUCCAGUUCUUCGAUCUGAUAAAUCCUAUUAAUUCGCAUAUAUCGGACUUUAUAAUAAAUCGAAUUGGACCGUUAACGCUUCCGGGCGGGAGCGAGGCCCUCGGUUUCGUCAACACAAAACACCCAGAAAAGCAGAGCGAUUUACCAGACAUUGAAUUAUUGUUCAUCGGUUUAACAAUGAAAGAUUUUCUGUUUCCAAGGUUAUUAGAACUUAAAGAUUCCAUAAUUCAGGAAUGGGAGAAAUACAGUAACAGCAAUGGCUGGACUGUUUUACCAGUAUUGUUGAAACCUAAAAGUCGUGGUAGGAUAACAUUGUUGGCUAACGACGUUAAUGUUAAACCAGAGAUCGUGCCGAAUUAUUUCGAUGAUCCAGACGACGUCAGGACAAUGAUUGCUGGGAUUAGAACUGCAUUAAGUAUUGGUCGGACAAAGGCGAUGCAGGCGCUCGAUUCUCAGUUUUUAAACAUUACUUAUACUGAAUGCAACAAUUAUAAAUAUGACUCUGACGCUUAUUGGGAAUGCGCAAUAAGGAUUCUCUCAAUGACACUUUAUCACACUUGCGGCACUUGUAAAAUGGGACCUAGGGGAGAUCCGACUGCUGUCGUCGAUCCCAGAUUAAAGGUUAUUGGUAUUGAAGGAUUACGAGUAGCAGAUGCGUCCAUUAUGCCCGAAAUUAUAUCGGCGCACAUAAACAUUCCUGUAUAUAUGAUCGCCGAAAAAGCAGCAGAUAUGAUCAAAGAAGACUGGGGUUACUUGGAAAAGUCAUAA